AUGUACCUUCGCAAGAAGCCUGACCCUCCGACAGUCGGCUGCUACCCGGGCCUCGGCAUGAAUCUUCGCUAUCAUGAUUGUCACCACAAAGGCGAAAUGUAUCCAAUUGGAAUUCACUAUAACUCACCCGGGGUUGAAUCCGAUAUGUUGCUUGUGCGGGAGGCUGCCAUGAUGAUUGUGAUGAAUCAAUUGACAGAUAAGCCUAAUUGGCACAUAAAGGUUUUUGAUGAGACCAUCGCCGAGAAAUGGAUUAAAGAAGCCCUUGCGCUUCCAGUUGAUCCUUUAUACGAUGAGAUUGUACAGAACCAAAACCCAGGAUUCAGAUCUGGCCACAAAUAUGGCCCCGAUAGACUCAAGUACAUCCUAGAUCGGGGCUGUCUUGAAUAUUGUAUCAAAGAGCUCCGUGUCAAGGCUAAAUUCUUUGAGAAAACUGGUCUCAUACCAGCUUUGGAUGCAAACGCAACGGUCAUCAAAUCCGACACGUUCAUCGACGAGAGUCUCCAUGAGCGCCUUCGGGACGACUUUGCGAAGCUAAAAGAAGAACAAAAAGACAACCCAGAUUGGCAUCCUCGCAGCUACGACUUGGUACAGAACCUUGUGCACCCAUCUCUAUACCCCCUUGUCUAUGGUCGUUCCCGAGUAUUUCGCGACGAGGUUGUCGGUGUCGAAGAUGCCAUCGAAAAAUGGAGUGGCAAAGGAGAAGUCAUACCGAAGAAACCUGCUGAUGUCCCAGAGGAAUACGAUGGACGCUACGAAAUGUUUGGCAGGAAAACCCAUGAAUUGUUUUGGUCCGAUACGUAUCAGUGGCUUCCGUCUAACGUCAAGCUCAUGGAUGAUGGGACUGUCAAAUUGACGAGCUACAUCAACAACCUUCAUCCCAAGCACCGCAAUAUAUAUGAGACAGUGGAGAAACUCAUCGAAAGAGCUCUUCCGGCCUGGGAUCACAGUGUGUCGUUUCUGAGGGACUGGAACAUCGUCUCCGCUGGACGGACCGAGGCUCGCUUCCCGCGCCCUGAAAACCCCGACGACGAAAACGAGGCGAACUGGACCCCGCCGAUCGAUGACUGGACGCCCCAUGACGCAGGUGAAGUCGAAUAUGAAGACGUCAUCAGAGACGGAUAUGGGAAGCUCCUGUACAACACCCGCAAGCUAGACGCCUGGGAGAAGAUCAGAGAGCCUGUUCAGCCUGAGGCGCCAGAGUUUAAAGCCUGGGACUAUGGUGUCAAGCCAGGAACGUCAUUGCGCGAGCGCUUCAAGGAUCUCCAAGUCAUCGUCAAGAUGGCCUCAAUCGAGCUCACCCCAGACAUGCCUGUGUUCCCUCCUGGAGGGUGGCACGUCGAAGGUCAAAUGAACGAACAUAUCGUUGGCACAGCUCUUUACUACCUCGAUUCUGAGAACGUGAAGCCAAGUCAUCUGCAAUUCCGUAUGCAGACCGAUCAUUAUCAAGAGGACUGGAACGUAGGACAGGAAGCCUACGGAUGGAUGGAGCAGGUUUAUGGUACAAGAUUGAACGGCGGUGAUUGUCUACAGCGAUAUGGAAAGAUUGAGACGAAGCAGGGUAGGUUGUUGGCGUUCCCUAAUGUUUUCCACCACAGAGUUUCACAUGUGGAGUUGGACGAUAUGAGCAAACCGGGCCAUCGACGAUUUAUAGCACUUUGGCUCAUUGAUCCGAGGACAAGGAUCAUCAAUACGGGCAACGUACCGCCUCAGCAGAAGAGUUGGUGGAUGGAGGCUACGUUUGGGGGCUUGAGUGGUGAUAACGCCACUAAAAUUCCGAACGCAGUUGCGAAACUGGUAGCUCAAGGAGAGCCAGAGAAUCCUGGGUUGAAGGCUGCGGCAGAGAGUGGUAAGCCUCUUCCGGCGGAACUGGUGAGCAUGGUGGAGUCUGAGGCAGAGGAUCAACAAUGCCAAUGUCAUUGGAAGAGGCGAAGGGGCAUCGCCUGA